AUGCCACGACUGGAGCAGGUUUUACUGGCGAGAGAGGCCUUCACAGGGCCAGGAUUUGCCGAUGUCUUACAGAACUUGCAAAUACCCAUGCUGCAGGAAUUAUACAUUCACGGCAGCUCUGAAGCGAACACCGACACCUCGUCGGAUGGAGUUGAGGUGGCCAAGCCUGUUAAAGCCUCGGAUGUUACAAAGCUCUAUCUAUCAGAUUUCAAAGACACAUCCGCCACGAUGAACACGCUCAUCCACUGGCCAAAGUCUCUCUUCGAGUUUUCCAUAGAGAACAUCUACAGCGACCCAGACCACAGAGCCUCGCACCCAAAUUACCUGGAUCUCCCUCUACUUCGGAAAAUGCUCGACGAGCACAAGGACACGCUCACUACUUUGAGUAUCGGGCCACUAUCUGUUUCUGGUCGGGGCAGGCUUGCCAACCUAUCGGAUCUCUCGGCUCUCCACACCCUAUCUCUGUCCCGAUGGCAGUUGGGAGAUGAAUUAGAUGUUUCAUCAAAUGUUGCAUCGCUACUCUUGGGGCCAUGUCUUGAACUCUUCGUUUGGGAUUUCACCAUUUACGACCAGAAUUAUCAAAAGUGGUCUGAUUUCGGAACGCGGGAAUCGGUGUGGAUCAUGAAUCUAGCUCAGCAAGCAGUGGAGAGACGCUUGCCACUGAAGGAAAUCAGGAUCCAAUUCUCGCCGGAAUCCCCAACAUCCGAAGAUGAAGAUUAUCCGUGGGAUUUUAUCGAUGAUUUGGAUCUUCAAUUUCGGUCGCAAGGCAUAGCUCUCACCUACAGCGAGCCUACAAUGUCCAAAGAGGCAUUUUUGAGCCGAUGCAAGCCGACCGACUGA